GCCAGUCACAGUGCAAAACACCCACGGCUGGGAGAAAAUAUAAACACUAGAUUUGGAAAAGAUGACUCUGCCCGAGUUUUUUGGCUGCACUUUCAUUGCCUUUGGCCCUCCAUUCGCGCUGUUCGUCUUCACCAUCGCCAAUGAUCCAGUGCGCAUCAUUAUACUUAUUGCAGCAGCAUUUUUCUGGCUGCUGUCCCUGUUGAUCUCGUCGCUGCUGUGGUUCGCCAUAAUUCCGCUGCGCGAUGUCCUGGCAUUCGGAGUGUUUUUCUCAGUGGUCUUUCAGGAAUGCUUCCGGUACAUAAUUUAUCGCAUCUUACGCAGCACGGAACAGGGCUUGCAGGCCGUGGCCGAGGACACCAGAGUGACGGACAACAAGCACAUUCUGUCGUACGUCUCCGGCCUAGGAUUUGGAAUCAUAUCCGGCAUGUUUGCGCUAGUCAAUGUUCUGGCCGAUAUGAGUGGACCUGGAACCAUGGGCCUGAAGAGUGGCACUGAGCUCUUCUUUGUCACCUCAGCAGCUCAGGCACUGUCCAUCAUCCUGCUGCAUACAUUCUGGAGUGUGAUAUUUUUCAACGCUUGCGACACUAACAACUAUCUGCACAUUGCCUACGUCAUAGGUAGCCAUCUGUUUGUGUCUCUCCUGACCCUCCUCAAUGCCAGUGAGCUGUACACGGCUACUUUGCUGACCAACUAUAUCAUCACAAUUCUCACGGGCCUUCUGGCAUUCAGAGUGGCAGGCGGCACAUCUCGCAGUUUCAAGAAAUUCGUAACAUGCCAAUGAACAAACUUUUAGUAUUAACAAAUUAGAUGUUAGCGUGUGGAUAUUAAUAAUUAAAGAAUAAUCUGUUCUUCGA